GAGCAAAUUAACAAGUUAUUUUGAUUGGGUAUGUGAGUACAAAGCAGCGUAUAUCGAGUACCCCAUCAUCAUCAUUACCAGUACUCCAUUAAUCUAAUUAUUCAUUAUUUGCAUUUCAUUCGAAAACACAAGGCAUCUCUCAACAACCAAAAUCUCACGAUUAAAUUACUCGUGGAUUACUACUAGUGCAUUCUCAGGAAUGAUUUUAGUAUUAAGAAAAAGAUUAACUCUAAUUAUGGCGGGUUCUUAACUUCUCUCUUUGUUUCCAGCUAGACAGCGCGUAUAACUCGAUAAAAAGGAAACUUUCUCGCUCGCACUCUCGCGCAUCCUGUGACCGAGUCUCUGCAAAAAUAACUCCAAACUUGCAGUUUGUUUCUGUGAUUGUGAUUUUUUUGUUUUUUAAAAUCUUCGUCCUCUCCAUUUCUCGAAACCAUAAAAACCCAGAUUUGAAACCAGAACCCUCCUCAUUCUUCUACCUUACCUUCUCUGUAUCUCUCCCUAUCUAAAAACUAUUUCCACCCACACUAUUAUUAGCAAUUCUCACUAUAAACUCAUCUGUUCAUAAGAAUUUCGUUCAAGUUGAAUUCAUUGUUAGUGAUGACGGGUUCUAGUAAUAAACAACAUUUACUAAGACAGUUACUAGAUGAAGAUCAAGAACCAUUUAUAUUGAAGAACUACAUUGAUGAGAAACGUUACUUACUCAAGAGAUCAUCAUCAUUGGUAUUAGCGACCAAAGCACACUUACAGGUUAAAAGAAGAAAACCCAUUUCAGAAAUGAGAAGAAAAAAUUCUUGUUUCUUCUCCUUUCAUGAUUCUCCCGACGUUAAAAUGUCUCCUCUGUUUUCACCGAUUAAAAGCAGCCCAUAUAGAAGUCCAAACAUCAACAGUAAUAAUACCAAUAACAAUAAAACCCUUUUCGUUCAUAUCCCUUCUAGAACUGCUGCUUUAUUACUUGAUGCUGCUUUAAGGAUUCAAAAACAAUCUGUGGCAAAAAAACCUAAAAAUACUGGGUUUGGGUUCUUUGGUACGAUGUUGAAGAGAAUAACUAACCGAAAACGGAAGAAUCUUACUCUGGAUAAUGAUGAGAUUAAAGUUUCUGUGAAGGAUAUUUUGAAAUGGGAUUCUACUAAUGGCCGUAAGAGAAUCACAGAUGAGAUGAUGGAAGUUACAAAAGCAGAGGAUUCGGACGAUGAAAUUAGGGCUUCUGAUAUGGGUUUUUCAUGUUCUUGUAAUAACAGUAGAGUUAGCAGCAGUGCUUGGUCUGAAAGUAAUGAAGAAAAAUCAUUAGAUUUAGAGACUUCUAGCAGUAGGUCUGAUGAAGAUUCUGAUGAAGAUGAUUUUGUGGAAGAACAUAUCAGAGGAGAUUUUUGUUCUACAUAUGAGAAAGAAUUUUGUUCAAGUCCAUUUAGAUUUUUUCUUGAUAAUUCUUCAUCCCCUACCGGUCAAAUUACACCGGAAUUUAGGUCUCCGGUAUCUUCCCCGGCUCGCCUCAAAAAGCAGGUUGUAGAGAGCCAAGAAGGAGAACUGCAUUGCUCAGGAAAUGACUUGGAAGAAGAUGAAAAAGAACAAUUUAGUCCUGUCUCUGUUUUGGAACCUCAGUUCGAAGAAGAUGACGAUGAGCAAGAAGAGGAGGAAGAAAAUGAUGGGUCCGAAAUGGAACGUAGCUUUGCCAAUGUUCACAGAGCAAGACAACAAUUACUACACAAACUCCGCCGAUUUGAGCGACUGGCUGAAUUAGAUCCUAUCGAACUUGAAAAGAGAAUCGCAGAGGAAGAGGAUGCUGAGGAAGAACUAUAUGGCUCUGAGGGUGAUGAUAGUGAAGAUGAAAUGGUAUCAGAUAACUAUAAAGGAGAUUCGUUUGUUAAACAACUUCUGGUUGAAACAAGCUUAUGUACAAUCAUUGACGGACGUAUUCCUUCAGACAUGAGAAGACUAGUUUUAGAUCUAAUGACUGAAGUAGAAGAUGAAGAGGAAUGUGUGAUGUCCCCAUCGGUCUCACCCGACGACAGGGAGAUGAUAAUGACGAACAAGCUAAAAAAAAGAUUAGAUUCGUGGAAAGAAGUUGAAUCUAACACAAUUGACAUGAUGGUUGAAUUGGACUUCAGAAGGGAGAGUGACAAAUGGCGUAAAAAUCAAGAACAAGUGAAAGAAACAGCUAUUGCAAUCGAGUUGGACAUCUUUAGUUACUUGGUGAAGGAGCUGUCAGAAGAACUUGUUCAUUCUGGUCAUCAGAAUUCUCUAUAGGGUAAUGCGAUGCAAUGCAUACUAGUUAGUAGGUAGUAUAAGUUAAUUACUGAUUGAUCGGCCCAUAGGUUGAUCUCAGUCUUAAAACAAAUCUAAAUCUGCUUAAUUUUUUUUAUUUUACUGGAGCGAAGGUAGUAUUCUAACACAUGUACUGAGUGGGGGGUGGGGUGAUUCAGUUAACCAAGCAGAUCAGAAAACAAAAAUAUUAGCAAACAGAUCGUUUGUUUAGUAGUGAAAUUUGCAGAGCAUUAUCCAUGUAUGUAUUGGCUGUGAUAAUGUUGCAUGUAUAUGUACUUCUAGACUACUAUGUCAAAUAUAUCCGGUGCCCGUUCUUCUUUUUUACUCUU